AUCUUGAUUGCUAAUUAACAAUAAUCACUUCAGACAAAUCUUAUCUGUGGCUAUCGCUUUAAAGCCCUGUUUUUCACCCUUUACUUUUCUGAAUAAAACACUAGAUGGUAAUAAGGCAUUGCUAGAGAAUGGAGUAAUUGUAAUUUUGUGUCAAGAAAAUGUGCUUUAAAACACUUAUUAGCUCCAUCGUAAUGUCUAUUUUCUCUAACACUACUCUUAUAAGAAACAUUAACAGGCAUGCUUUUGAGUUAUAAAAUUGUAAAUAGUCCCUUCGUCGUACUGGACGACUAAAAAAGUUUUAGUUUGAAAUGUCAAAAAGGGGCGAUUUGAGUGGGAUCGAUUUGCCUCCAGGAUGGAAAAGAGUGGAGCGAAAGAAGAAGGGAAAGAGUUCGGGAAACAAGACAGAAGUACUGUACAUAUCUCCUGCCAAUGUGGAAGUCAAGUCGAUGGCUAAACUGCAGAAAGUGUUGCCUGAAGUAGAUUUCUCCUAUUUUGAUUUCCGAACGGGCAAGUCAAUGAAAUCGGAAGCGAGAAAGUUGAAGGAGAAACACCUAGAAAUUAUCAAGGAAGGAACUUCAUUCCCAAGACGCAGUAUUUCCAGCAGCAGUAUUCUGGGCAAAGUGGGCCAGUCUGUGACGAUGAUAAACAGUCACGAGUCCUCGGAAGUGAGAGUCUCAGCCGGUCAAAAGACAUACAGACGGAAACCCAGACAGAUAUUCUGGAACAGACGACUGACUAGAAACAGGACGAUUGAAAUGAGCAAAGGAGAUUCAAAAAACAGUCAAAGUAGCAGUUUAUGCGAUAAUAAUAACUCAACAGCUAGCUUAGAGUCCAAACUAAAGUAUGAACUGCCAGAUCCUAUCAAGCCACUUCUGGAGACCCCUGCCGAAGUAGUCCUCUCCAGCACAGUAGGCUGUCUGCACCUCAACUCACAACAGGAGCUCCACAUAGUCGGACAGCAACCCAAUCACUUUAAAGCAAUACAGAACAACCCGGCAGUGUGGGUGAACUACAGCCAGCCGAUGUUCGAGAAAUUCCUGGUGACGGAGGAGCACAUCAGGAGACAGGAGGAGAAGGUGGUCCAGCUCCGCACCAAACUGCUGCAGCUGCAGGAGUAGAGACAGGAGUCGAAACAACUCAAAUAAAAUUCCACGUCUUCUUUAAAUUUAGUCUAGUACCAGUCUGCCAGUUGGCCUUAUUAUUCAAGAAAGAUGCAUAGAGAUGAUGACUGUUGGAAACUGAUUUUGAAAUGAAGUCGUAAAACAUUACAUUUAAUUUUAGUUCUUCACGACGCCAUGUAAAUGAAUUUUCCCGCCAUGAAAGCAUUGCUCUUUUAAUGCUCAACUGGAAAUUUUAGGAAAACUAUUAUAAUCUUGCGACAGUAAAAUAAAGACAUUUUGCCAAUAGCAUGGGUUGGAAUUAUCAGGGGCCUUAGAACAUUUUGCAACUUUUAAGGCAGUGUAUUUAUUUGAAGGCGGUGAAAUUUUUUUUUCUCCUAUUAAGUUGGGUGAUGCUUAUAAAAUGCAAAACCUUUUGAUUCAAAUCUUUGUAAUUAAACGUUGAACUGAGCAGUUUUCCAGAGUCUUUAAUGAUUUUUCUAGUGUACUUAUUUGUGUUUCA